UUAGAGAUCAACAAGAGAAGCUAUGGAAAUCGAUAAGAACUGUACCAAUACUGCAUCAGUUGAAACUUCUGAUCAGUAUAUUAAUGUAAAUAAUAAAACCGAUCAGAAAGAGAACAAUGCGGCAAUUCGUUUACCCCGUAAAGAGUUUAGAAAGCUCAUGAAAAAGCAACGCAAAAAAAACGCUCGAAUUGAAGCAGCUAAGGCUAAACAACAAGGACAAGAGGAGGAAGAAGAAACUCCUGAAGAAGUUAUGGAAACAAUAAAAGCUGAAGAAAAAAAGAGAAAUGCAGAGAGGAUAUUAUGGGAAGUUCGAGAACGACAAAUCAAUCAAGCUAAUGCAGAAAAAAAGAAAAAACAAGAGGAAAAUGAGAGGAUGAAAAAAAUAAUACAGGAAAAUUGGGAAAAAACGAUUAAAAAUAUAAAAAUACCGAAAUCCAUCAAUGAAGUAACAAUUAACAAUAAAAAUCUUACAAAUCAACAAACUGAAUUGGGUACAUCAGCUAUAUCUCCAUCCGUAACUUCUGUCCAAGAAGAUUCAAGCGAAAAAACUGAUUAUGGAACCGAGAAAGACCAAGUUAAUUGUCCAUUCUAUCUCAAAACUGGUGCUUGUCGAUAUGGCGAUUCAUGUGGUCGACAUCACCAGUAUCCUGAAAAAAGCGUUACUAUUUUAGUUAAAAAUAUGUACGAAGGAAUGCCAGUACAAUUAGCAGAUGAGGAUAAUGACGAUAAUUUGGAGUAUGACGAAGUUGAAGCUGAGAGACAUUAUUUCGAAUUUUUCGAAGACGUUCAUACGGAAUUUCGACAAUAUGGGACUAUUGUGCAAUUCAAGGUUUGUAACAAUUUUCAAUUACAUCUACGUGGAAAUGUAUAUGUACAAUAUUCAAAUGAAGAUGAGGCAAAACGGGCGAUCGAAAAUAUCAGAGGAAGAUGGUAUGCUGGAAAACAGUUAUUAUGUGAAUAUUGUCCAGUAACCAAAUGGAAACCUGCGAUAUGCGGAUACUAUCAAAGAAACCAAUGUCCAAAAGGAAUUCAAUGUAAUUUUUUACAUGUAUAUAAAAAUCCCGGAGGAUUAUAUUCAGAUGCAGAUAGAGACUUCGAAGAUAAACGUUCAGAUUUUAUUAUGGCUAUCGAGAAUUCUUCUAAUAUUACUGUUUCUACAGCUGUAAAUAAAUCGUUUCCAGAGUCAACUGUUAAUUCUACCGAGUCCUCAAAAAGAUCUCGAUCGUCCAGCUCAGAUAGGAGCGAUUCACAUCACUCUAUAGUGAAACGUAAUAGUAAAAAUUCUCGGCGGAAAAAUCGAUCGAAAUCACGAUCGAGAUCUCAUUCUCGUUCUCCACCUCUGCGAUCCAACGACAAAUAUCGUUAUCGUCAUAAUUACAAGCGUGACAAUCGUUAUCAUAAUGAACGUGAUGAACACCACCACCACCAUCACCACCACCAUCGAAGUCGACAUCAUAAAAAGAGUGAUCGUGAUUUAGACGAAUCGCGUUCUCACUGGAACCGUCAUCGUGGUCAUUGGGAUAGAAAGCCUGAUUAUUAUGACAUGAAUGUUGAUAAAAAAAACAAGAAAGACAGAAAUGAAAAUGAUCGAAAAAUACAACGGCGUGAUUCAAAACGAGAUAAUAGAAAAAAUUCUAGAACUAAUAAGAAUGAGAAUCAAUCAUCUGAUGACUCUAUUGUCUCUUCUACUUACAAUAUUAGAGAAAAUGGUAAGAUUUCUGAUGAAUAAUAUAUAUAGUAAAUACUGUCAAUGUACUGUAUAAUAUGGAAUCACCGAACUUAUUCGUUUUGACAAUAAAAUGUUAAAUGUAGUUCAUUAAAAAUUUGUUACUUGAAA